AUGUUCCUGACGGAACUCGAGACAACCCCUUUCCUGCUUCCCCUUCUGCUCCCCACCCAUUCCAGGUCUCUUGCAUUUGCCCGGUGGGCCUCCCGGCCCCGUCUUGACUCGUUUUGGCUCUCCAAGGCCAAGCGAAAACUCGGACCCCCUGAGCCUCAGCGCUUAGUCCCGCGCCGGCACGUCCGGGUUUCCGCUGCUGCUGGUGUCGCUGCUGUUUCUGACCUGUCCUGCGAACGCUGCGGUGCUAGGAAAAGGAAAACUGCCUGCUCUGCAUACGGAGUACCGUGCGAGCUCAGACCUCGUGCUGUAUGUGAAGCAAGGCUUCUUAAGAACAUUAAACUUCUCCAAGCAUUACCCACCCGCGUGCCUGCUGAUGCCGGCUGUGCUUGUCCAACCCGCGUCCUUGGACACGCCAUGUCGCAGGCUCCGCGACAAGACAAAGAUGCCCGACCCCUGUCACCUGGCCCUGGCCUUCCCCUAUCCCUCCCCACAGUGAGAGAAGCUGCUGCUGUGCAGGCUCCCCUCAGCGGCACCCUCAUUCCUCGAGAUUAUCUCAGCCAGCGUUCGAAUGGGCAUCCUUAUCGCUCCUCCAACGCUGCUACGGCUGGGGCGCGCAGAUUCACCCCGUCCUCCCUUCACACGAGCUUUCGACCGACUUCAUCUGAGAAAGACACCCCCGAGUCCCCGCUCGGUCAUCGCUCGCCGGAUUCCGCUGCCACCGGCUCGCCGCUUGAACGAGAAUCCCAGACCGAACGAAUAGCUCGGUCGUCCAACUCCCCCGUGCCUCUAGCUGGAGAGCGCCAGAGCCCGCUGUCAGCGACGGAGGUGAUUGCGAAGGAUUCGAGGGACCGCCAGUUUGAGCAUGGUGUGGGCAUUUCCAAAGAACGCAUCGACGGCGAGUCCAACAACAUGUCAGAGACGUCAGGGUCUACUCAACCAUCAGGCUCUCCGCCCAGUUCGCCGGCACAAUCUCUGCCGUCCAAUGUCGCGGAGCGCACCGGGCAGCGAAUGAUGCCGCGAACUUCGUCGAUUGAUUCUGCCAUAUCCUCCAUCUCUUCCGCUUCGCAUUCACAUAAAUCUUCGUUUGACUCGAACUCUAUAACCUCAGCCGAUAUCAACAAUCUUAUAGCAGCAGCUGGCUCUGCUGAAGCCGUCAUUGUACACUUACUCAAGGAUAAACACCACGCCGCCGCGCAGAACGAGCAGCUUUGGCGGCUGCUCGAAAAGCAGAGGGCACUCGUGUUGGGGUUAAACAAGGAUCUGGAGCGGGCCCUGAAGGAUAAAGAGAGAUAUCGGAAGAAACUCAAGGAACUGCAGAGCCAAAUACCACCUUUACCGGCAAAGGCAUCACAACCGGUUGAGGAGUCGUUUACGAAGGGUAGUCCCAGCAAGGACAAAUCUGAUACCGUACACUCGGCUCAAAGUGGAGUUUCUCAUCAUGACAACGUUCGAAGCCCGCAACCAGAAUCAUCCGUUGGGCCGUCUGAAGAUGCAUCCGCUCAGACGAAUAAAGGAACUACGAGUUCAGACAUAGCUGGUCCGCCUGCUCCUCCUAGGGCUGAAACCGAUCCGCAUUCCACGAGUUCUGUGUCAACGAAGCAACAACCCGAGUCCCGUGAGCAGUCAGAUAAGAUCGAAUCAGCAAACCCUGACAGAUCUCGUGUCCCUGGUGAAGAGCUACAUCAUAUGCAAGAUCUGCAGGAAAACAUGUUGCCGCCACCUAAUCGGAAGCCACCACCAGCCCCUCUAAACCUUGGGCAGGCCCAGCAUCGGGGCUCACCGACCGAUCCAAUAAGUCCUCAUGAUUCAGAUUCAGACUAUGAUGACGUCCAGGAGGUGGAUGAUCUUACAACAGUAGAGCGAGGAAGGAGGAGGACGAGGGAAGAUGAUGACAAGGAGCGCGAAGCUGCCGCGAAACGAGAGCAAGAGGCCCGGAGCCGGUCAAAGAAGAAGAUGACGAAGGGAACGGAAACAGACGAUACACGCGGUUCUUCACACCAGGCUGUCCCAGCAGGCUUGCCCUCAAGUCCACGAAAGCUAGUAGCUCAACCUCCCCCUCAUCUGACUGUCGGACAAUUCUCAGCGGCAGACUCCCUGGCAGCAGUUAUGAAUUCAGGACACUCAGGAUCGACGUCGCUGGGUGAACGCAUUGGCUUGUCUCCUCCCAUGAGCCCGGGGCUGCCAGUCAGCCCAAGACCAGGAGAUCGUCCUUUAGGAUCUCCUUUACCACGACAGCCAAGGGAAGGUUCGGGCGUCGUCGCGUCGCCGCCCGGUUCGCCAAAAGCUUCUCUGCCUGGUCUGCCUUUGUCGCCUCGCGCAACAAAACAGACGAUGCCGCUGUCCCCGAAAUCAACUCACACAGAAAGCGCAACACGUCCGAUACCUUCCAUUGAUGCGUCUGUGAAGAUUGAUAGCCCUAAGUCACCCUCCGGUUUUGAGCGCACCAUCUACCAAGGCCUCGUCUCGGAUGAAUACCCAGGCCUUCUCCUUCCACCGAACGCCCUGCCCUCUAUAGAAGUCAAGGUGGCAUCCUCACGACUUCGUCCUUCCAGGAACAGUUAUUUGGGAGGGAAGGCCUCCGAUGAGGAACCUGUUUUCACUUUGAGCAUAUUCUCUCGGUCCGAUAGGUCUGAAUUGUGGCGCGUUGAGAAGGUCAUCAAUGCUUUACCUCAACUCGACCAUCAAAUCCGACAAUUGUGUGACUUCUCAGGAAAACUACCCGAUCGAUCUAUUUUUAGCGGACAUUCACCCGCAAAGGUUGAUGCAAGAAGAGAAGCGUUGAACUCAUAUUUUGAGACUCUCCUUGACACUCCUAUGAACGAAUCGGCGGCCUUGGCCCUUUGUCGAUUCCUUAGUUCCGAUGCUAUCGAGCCCCGUGACGAUGAGACGAGCUUGCUCAAAGCUAAUGGUAAAGCGACUCCUGAGCUUCUCCGCGGGCCGGAUGGAAAACCCCGGAAAGAAGGAUAUCUCACAAAGAGAGGUAAGAAUUUUGGCGGUUGGAAAGCAAGAUACUUUGUCCUACAUGGACCGGAAUUGAAAUAUUUCGAAUCCCCGGGAGGGCCCCAUUUGGGAACGAUCAAGAUACGUAAUGCGCAGAUUGGGAAGCAAUCGCAAAGUGGCCAGAAUCAAUCUCCUUCGCGAAAUGAUGAUGAUUCAGACAAUCAAUACCGGCAUGCCUUCCUCAUUCUUGAGCCGAAGAAAAAAGAUUCAUCAGCCCUUGUUCGACAUGUACUAUGUGCUGAGAGCGACGAGGAGAGAGAUGCUUGGGUUGAUGCGCUACUGGAAUACGUAGAGACCCACUCAUCCGAGGACGAAAAAACGAAUGCUACAUCCUCAAAGAGUCAACCCCAACAAAAGCAUUCUACCCAGUCAAAUGCUAAAUCCAGGCUAUUCCCCAGCAGCAACAGGAAGAAUAGCAAAGGAACCGACAGUCCAGACAUUGAUCCUCCGGAUACUGUUCAAAGUUUCAGCUACGAUGAUGCUGUUGCUGCCGAACCACCUGUUUAUGGACCAUCAUAUGAAAAGGAGGCAUCAAAAUCCUCUCCUGUACAGUCUGAGCCCUUAGGAGAAAGCACGAAUGCCAACGGAGGCAAUCAGAAUAGCUCAGAACCAGGGGUGUCUGGGUCUCAUAGCUCGAAAAUAAUCUCUGGGCCGACAAAUGGGACCGUCAUCCAGGAUGCAGGGGCAUGGGGCAACAAGCCAGCUACCACAAUCAAGGAGAAGAAACGAAGCAUCUGGGGCUUCCGCACAAGGUCUUCCUCUGACCUCGCCUCCCAGGCCCAGAGCACCAACGAAUGUCCGGCAAACUUCCAGAACAAUAAUUCUUGUACCGAGAGGAAGGAACUCAUUCGACCUGUUUUUGGAAUGCCGCUGGCCGAGGCGGUACAAUUCUGCGCUCCGAAAGGUGUAGACGCGGAGUUGCCAGCCGUCGUGUACCGUUGCAUCGAGUAUCUGCGAGCUAAAGGAGCGGCAUCAGAGGAAGGAAUUUUCCGGCUCAGCGGAUCAAAUGUCGUUGUCAAGGCACUCAAAGAACGAUUCAAUACGGAAGGUGAUGUCGACUUAUUGGCAGAGGAUCACUACUAUGAUGUUCAUGCUGUCGCUUCUCUUUUCAAGCAAUAUCUACGGGAGUUGCCCACGACGGUUUUGACGCGGGAGCUCCAUUUAGAUUUCAUACGCGUUCUAGAUCUCGAUGACAAAGAAAAGAAGAUUGCCGCUUUCAAUUCUUUGGUCCACAGACUUCCCAAACCUAACUUUGCACUGCUGCGAGCUCUCGUACAAUUCUUAAUCGAAAUCGUCAAUAACUCCGAUGUCAACAAGAUGACAGUGAGAAAUGUCGGCAUCGUCUUUGCUCCAACACUGAAUAUUCCUUCUCCCGUCUUCUCCAUGUUCCUUACUGAUUUUGACGCUAUCUUCUCCAACGUGCCGGACUCUACGAAACCUGUAGAUCUGCCCGUUAAUUCGUCACUAUCGCCGGAAGAAGUGAGAUCUCCUCGACGUCAAAUUUUCUCUGAGAUUCCGACACCUACUUAUAAUCAAAUGUCAUUUUAUCCAUCAGAGGAAUCAAACGCACGGCCAUCUCAUGACUUAAGAGCUAAUUAUGACACUGGGUUUACCCCCAUGUUUCCAACCUCCGAUCAACCUCAUUCUGGCUCUGAGCCACAUCGGCGCCAGGCAGAUCACGCUCAGAUUCCGUCCCUCAACCGCAUGCUAGCCCCCAAUGCGGACAACCUACAUUCCACCAAGGCGAAAAGAAGAGAAAGUUCUCUUCUCUUCAUGGACUUAGGCAACCGUAAGAGCUCCGUCCCGCAGUUGCGAGACGACCAAGCACUUGUUACCAAGGAAUCCGCGUUCGAAUAA